AUGGAGACAUUUCAUAAAAGAAAAAAAAUUAAGCCUCAAAAUAUUGUGAUCCGUUUAAACAACAGGCAAAUUUAUGCAUACAAUCGACCAGGUACACAUUUUUAUUCAGCCAGACAAUUCUACCAAAACGUUUUCCCCAACUGUACUAUAACAAACGUUGAGAAACCUCCGUGUUUCAUCAGAAAAUUCAGUCCUGAUGGAAAACACUUCAUCGCUUUUUCAUCUGAUCAAACUUCCCUGGAGAUAUAUCGUUAUCGGGGUCCUGCUGCAGCUGCUGAUUUGCUAGCACACUAUGAAGAUAAUCGUAAUGAAAGAACUCUUUUCGAGGUCAAGAACCAAACUUUUGAACGUUUUUUCUCGUUGAAGUUUCGAGUCACCGCCUCGCAGGGGGCUGAGCAGUUGAAUCGAGAAUGCAGUUUAUUCAGUGAUGACGGGCGUUAUGUCAUUAUUGGGUCAGCAUCGUUCAUUCCAGAUGAAAUAAGACCACACUUUUAUGAGAUAUAUACCAAUAAUGAGUCGGUUACUCCAAAUUUAGAAUCUCCUUUGGAAGACUAUACCCUGUAUUUGGUGGAUUUGCAUCUGGGAAAGCUCUGCGAUACUAGAUCUUUUAAAGUUGACAAGAUAUUCCUGUCCCACAACCAAGGACUAUAUUUAUAUAAAGAUACUUUAGCCGUACUAUCAGUUCAACACCAAGUGAUUCAUCUGUAUCAGUUGUUAGAUGGGAUGUUUGUAGAUAUGAAAAAGAUAGGCCGAUUUUGCUAUGAGGAUGAUUCAUACUUCUACAGUUCAGUGUACCCGACAGAAAGGGCUUUCAGAGAGACCUGCAUAAACUCGUUGAAACACCGAUUACUGGCGUUUUUAUAUAAACGAGCUCAAAGUAUAAGUCUUUCUACAAAAGAUCCUACCGAACUCAGAAAAUUCUAUCACUAUUUCGAAGACUUUAAUUCGUUGAGGAUGUGGAAAAUGCAGUUAAUUGACGAGCAUACUUUGUUGAUAAAGUAUGCUAGCGAAGAUGUAGUAACAUUGAAGUCUUCCGACGUAAAUAGCCAGCCACAGUUUUUUGUUGUUUAUGAUCUUAAAACUAAUAAUAUCACGGCUGUGUACGAAAACUCUUCCAAAGAAUUUUUGAAUAUUUUUGAAAAGUUUUGUGAUUUUUUCAGAAACGCAACCAUUUUCAACGAAACCAAUUUCUUUUGUAGUCCUUCAAAUAACAUAUAUGCCAGAUUGUUACAACAGAGAUUUAAACAGACGAUAGUUAAUGCGAAGUAUGGUGGUAAGACUGAGGCAACAAAAAGAUUACUAGCUCAAUUGCCCAUCAGUGCCCAGUCUUACAGUAAUUCACCUUACCUGGACUUAGCCCUCUUCAGCUAUGACGAGAAAUGGGUGUCUGUUAUGGAAAGACCCAAAGGUUGUGGAGAACAUCCCAUAAGGUUCUACUCUAGAGACUCUGGCUUUUUAAAAUUUCGGAUUUAUGCUGGAAUAAUCAGAACCUCUAUGUCUUCAUCCAGACGUUUGGUAGCUUUCAUAUUUCAUCCGAGUGAUCCUUUUGCUAUAUCUGUUCAACGUGCUAAUGCUGAAUAUAUUGUCAACUUUCAUAUUCGCCAUUAA